UGGGAGUUGAUGGGACUUCGCAUGGAUGGUUUGGUUGCUGCAUCCAUAUUACCUUUAUUACUUACUAUGGUUUUUUAUCUCGGCCCACUGGUUCACUCUGCUAUAGACAACCCCAAAGGCUUCACCGGGGAAAUGCAGUGUGCACUGGAUGUUCAGUCAUGGAGGCGGUGUGCGGGGGACGCAGUGUGGCUCAGAAACCAGGUGGUGGCACCAGUGACAGAGGAGCUGGUGUUCAGAGGGGCCAUGCUUCCUAUGUUGGUGCCCUGCACGGGACCCACAGGCGCUAUCGUCACCGCUCCACUGUUCUUUGGAGUUGCUCAUUUCCACCAUGUCAUAGAGGAGCAACGCCUUGGGAAAGAGAGCAUGAGUGUCAUCCUUCUGGUGGCAGGGAUGCAGUUCUUGUACACAACUGUUUUUGGUGCUUUUACUGCCUUUAUAUUCAUGAGAACUGGGCAUGUUGUCGGUCCAGUUUUGUGCCAUUCAUUUUGCAACAGUCAGGGCCUGCCUGACAUCAGCUCUGCCCUGCAACACCCUCACAGUUCAGCUCUGCUCUUCUCAUAUCUGAUGGGAGGCCUGCUGUUUCUGGUGCUGCUCUUCCCGCUGACAGACCAGUACUUUUAUGGUCCCAUUCCCAUCUGCAGCCUGGCUCCCCCUCCAGGGUCGGUUUGCUGAAUGAAAUCGAAUUAAGUUAAAUGCGCUCCAGCUCUCUUUC